AUGAAGCUGGACGUCAGCGUGCUGCGGCUGCUCAGCAAGGAUGACUUCAGGGUGCUCACGGCGGUCGAAAUGGGCCAGAGGAACCACGUGAUCGUGCCAAUCCCGCUGGUGGAGAGCAUCGCCAAGCUGAAAUGGGGCGGGACACACAGGUGCCUUCGUGAGCUCCUGAAGCACAAACUGGUCCAUCAUGAGAACAGGAACUAUGAUGGGUACCGCUUGACGUACAUGGGUUACGAUUACCUUGCCCUCCGCACCUUUGUGCAGCGUGGCUCAAUCACGGGGAUCGGCAGGCAGAUUGGUGUGGGAAAGGAGUCCGAUGUGUUUGAGGCAACAAACGAGGAUGGCGAUGUGCUCAUACUCAAGCUGCACCGUCUUGGACGCACAUCGUUCAGGGCGGUGAAGACAAAGCGGGACUAUCUUCGCCACAGAAAUUCAUUCAGCUGGCUGUACCUGUCCCGUUUGUCAGCAUUGGGGGAGUACGCAUUCAUGAAGGCCCUGGGGCAGAGAGGCUUCCCGGUGCCUGAGGCCCUGGACCAAAACAGGCACGCAGUCCUGAUGUCCCUUGUGAAAGGCUACCCCAUUGUCCAGGUCCACCGUGUCCAAAACCCCAACAAAGUGUACACCGACAUCAUUCGGUGCGCGGUCCGCAUGGCGGAGGUCGGCCUUGUGCACUGUGACUUCAACGAGUUCAACGUCAUGAUAGACGACGACGAGGAGAUCACGAUGAUCGACUUUCCACAGAUGAUCUCUGUGCGGCACCCCAACGCCAAGCACCUCUUUGAUCGGGACAUCGAGUGUUUGAUAAAAUUCUUCCAGAACAAGCUCCACUAUGACCCGGAAGAGGACGAGUCUCUGGAGUGCGUGCGGCCCGACUUUGACGAAAUAGUUUCAAGGUCAUCGGAGGGCCAGGGAGGGGGUACAGGGGAUGGCGGUGACGUCUGCCAGGGCCCCCUAGACGUUGAACUUUCGGCAUCCGGCUUUCAAGCCCGGGACCGCAAAAUCCUGUCUGAGCAUGUGGCCGCGGAUGCACGGGGCAGCGAGGAAGAAGCUGCCUCUUCAGGGGAGGAGAGCGAAGACAACGUGGAUGAUGAGGACGACAUCCCUGCAUACGAUAAGAGCGGCGGUGGGAGCGCCGACGACGCUCCCGCCAGUGUAGAUGAUGAUGAGGCCCGACGGGAGAUGGCGAGGAGGGCGGAAGGCGUCGCAGAUGCCAGCAAUCAACAGGAGGGGAGAGACGGCGGAAAGGACGCCGAGUUGGGAACUCAGGCGUUUGGCCAGAGUGGGCAGGGAGCUCCCCAUAAGGAGGUGCAGCAGUGGGCGAGAAGCCAUCAGCGUAGGCGGGUAAAGAAACAGCAGCGGCUGAAACUUGGGGGGAGGAACACCAACAAGUCAAAGAACGAGAAGAGGAAAGGAGGUGGUGGAGGAGAGUUUGUGUUUUAA